AUGGCUCCCAACAUCUUCAUAUGCCUUCGAAAUAUUAUUUGUCCCUUGUACUGGUUUGAAAAGGGAACUCGUGUCGAUGGCCACCCAACCAAGGACGAACACUGGGAGUCUCCAGUGCCAGGCACUUACCGUUACGUACCCGACCGAGGAUGGCACCUCAUUCGACAGGACGGCGCUGAAGAGGACGAGCAACAGCCUCGACCUGUUGUCUACUGCCGCAUCGUCCAUCAAUAUCUUUUCUCCUCGGACAUGGAACAGCGCUGCCGCUACCACCGAGUGCAGUUGAGAGAAGGCGAGGAGCCGCAAAGAUGUCUCUUCUUCAGACUCGAAGACGGAUUCACAUGGGUGAUCGGCUGGGACUCGCGCGGAAAAUUCAUACCCGGCCCCUACCGAAAGUGGUGCUACGACAAGGAGGCCCAGAUCAUGCGACGAAUGACCUCCUACGAAGAUAGCUCUGCCUCUUCCUCGCCUAUGACCUCGCCCAUGGCAUCUCGAACUAGUAGCGUGGCGUAG